UUGGGAUUUUUUGAUAGAGGCCAGUCUCACUAGGGUUAGGUGAUAUCUCAUUGUGGUUUUAGAAAUGUGCCUGAACUUUCUAAAGUCCUCUAUGGACACCUGCUUCCUCACAUUUUCUUUUUAAGCUUUUAGGUUAGCCUAUUGUUAGCCGUAACUCAGGCAGUCUUGAUGUUAAACAAUUACCUCUGACUUUUUUCGACAAAUACCUUCUGGGAGAAGUCUGUGCUACUGAGUUCCAAAUUGAGUAAACUGAAGACAGGCUUGUGAAGUCUGGAAGCAGGAACCACCAGAUCAGUCAAAUAAUGACAAUUCUCAGGAGUGGGAUUUUAAGGAGUUCCAACCCCUGUAUCCUCUCCAGUGGGUGCUAGGCUUUACAUUAGACUUGGAGGCUAUAGCUUUUCAUGGUUAUCCUGGAGCUGGGGUGGAGAGGAGAGAAUAGUGCCAGUUAAAAAUGCCACCAAGCUCACUCUUCCUGAGACUCAGUCGUUUUUCUUAAGUAAAUGCUCCCCAUGUUACUGCAGGACUUUGUGUAAUUGCCAGAGUUUUGAAAAAGUUAAUGUGACAAUUUUUCAUUGCUUUUAUGGAAGAGAAGAUUUUUGGGGAUCCUCAUUUCACCGUUUCAUCGAAGUCACCCAUUCGUUCUUUUUUAUAUCUUCUAUCUUGGUAGAAGUUUUAAAUUUUUAUGUGGUCACAUAUACUGAGUUUUGAAAUUCAUAGGCUCAAGUUGCUGAUUGUUGGAGGUUCUUUUGGUCUUCGUGAGUUUUCACAAAUCCGAUAUGAUGCUGUGAAGAUUAAAAAGGACACAUACAACUGGAUUAGGGAGCUAAAUAACCAAAACAGAGCACACUACACAAUACGCAAAAAAGAAAUUGCGAUUGGUCAUGGUGGAGACAGGGAUGUCAAAGCACAUAUGAAGACUGAAUCUCACAGGUCUAGAAUGAGACAGAUUGAUCCUGAAUUGGAAAAAAAACUGAAAGAAAAUAAAGUAUCUUUAGAGUCAGAGUAUGAGAAAAUAAAGGACUCCACUUUUGAUGAUUGGAAGAAUAUUCGAGGACCCAGGCCUUGGGAAGAUACUGACCUCCUCCAAGGACGAAAUCCAGAAAUCCUUAAGACUAAGACAACUUGACUAUGCUGAUUCUUUUUUUUUUUUUUUAAAUAAAAAUACAAUAAACUGUUGCUCUCACUUCAUACUCCUUUCUAGGUGAAAGAAAAUUCCAGGUCCAUGGAAACCUGGAUUUGAGUAAUUUGAUGUCAGAUAGUCUUGAUAAAAUGUCAAGUACAGGUCUUUAUACUGUUUAGCUAUUCCAUUUGCAAAUAAAAGUAACAGUGUUGACUAUA